UGUGUUCACCAUCAGAAGAAAAAAGGGCUCAAAGACAAGAUGAACAGUCCCAAGAAAGAAAAGGCAAUGCCACAAGCAUCUGUUAGUGAAAGCAGACCCAGCUCUCCAAUUGCAUACCAAAAUCCAAUGUUCACCUCUGACAUGCAGGGAGGCCCUAGGCUUCCGCCAGCCAGUGCAAGGCAGUCUCAAGAGACAUUCCCCAUGGCGACCCAGCCAAGCAAACCACAACGCUAUGUCCCUGGCCAGCCCUCAAGGAAUAAUGCAUCCUAUAACCCCUAUGCCGAGCCCCAGCCCACCAGGAACCCAUAUGAGCCACAAAACAGAUAUGAUGAUUACAGGAGACCCACAGACUCCCCCAACAUGACAAAUGGCAUGACGAGAGGUGGCAUGUCUGGAUUUUCCCAACCAAGUCUGGCUGCACCACCCUAUGGCACCCCAGACUACAACAGUUCCAGGCCGCUGUUUCCUCGGGCUCAGGUGACACGACCAUAUUGA